ACUCUUAACGCCGUUUCACUCAGCUAUGAGAUUAUCAGUUCGCUCAGUGUACUUCCUGACUCAGCGGUGGUGGAACAGUCCUCUUACGUCCUGCACACAAGGAAGAUGAAUAAUAAUACGCAGGAUACUGCAGUGCUUCAGCACAUUGAGAGGGAGGUACGCAUGCGUGAAGGAGCUUGCAAGCUACUGGCAGCAUGUUCCCAAAGAGAGCAGGCCCUGGAGGCCUCCAAGAGCCUCCUAACCUGCAAUACCCGCAUUCUGGCCUUGCUCAGCCAACUACAGAGGAUGAGGAAAGUACAAAUCCUACAAAGUGUGGGAUGCAGGCCAUCUGACGAUCUGGUGCCAUGUACAGGAAAAGUAGCACUUUCAGACCUGCGAAUCCCCCUCAUGUGGAAAGACUCAGAGUACUUCAAAAACAAAGGAGAACUACAUCGCUGUGCCGUAUUCUGCCUGAUCCAGUGUGGCACAGAGAUCCAUGACACUGACCUGGUGAUGGUAGACAGGACACUAACUGACAUCUGUUUUGAAGACACUAUAAUAUUCAACGAGGUAAGUCCAGGGUUUCAGCUUCGCGUUGAGCUGUACAGCAGUUGCGUGGUCGAUGAAUUCUCCCCUGGGGCCAUAGGAUCCUGGAGAGUGAGCCGUCUGGGGGGCUCUUUGGGAUGCUCCUCUGGGAAAAAGAUCCGUGCUGCAUUCGAGUCUGCAGCUGUUUGUGGAUCCAUUUCCAGUGGAGAUGUAAGAUCCGGAAGCGUGCCACCAACAUUAUCACCUGACCUGUUGGCACUGGGACCUAAGUACAACCUUUUGGCUCACACAACCCUGAGAAUUGAGCAUGUCCGGGAAGGUUUCAAAACGCACGAUUUAUCACUUUCAGCGACAGAGGAUAAUCCAUUCUGGUUGCCUUUGUACGGAAGUAUGUGUUGUUGCUUAGUUGCUCAGCCUCUGUGCAUGAUUCAGCCAGUGAUAAGUGGCCAAAUCAAAAUCAAGCUCAGCUCAGAAGAGGACUGUAAUUAUUCUGAAACUGUCUAUGGUGUCCUCAAGAGGCAAGCCCUUCUCUGUUAUCAAAGUCAAGAAGGCCUGGAGUCUGAGGACAAUCCCUUGCUUGAGAUUCCAAUCACAAAGGAUACCGUUGUCUGUAUGUCUGACAGAGAUCCUGCCAAUUGCCAGAAAAUAUACAUCAAUACACAACGUCAAGGGGAGGACAUAACUUAUGUGCUUACCACAUACACACUUGAAGACACACAGCACUGGAGGAAGGCCCUCUGUCAGCACAUCUAUAGCAUGAGCCAUUGGAAACAGUGCUGUGACAACCUCAUGAAGAUACAAAUGCCGAGCUCCAGGAAAUCAGUAAUGACGAAGCAGGGAUCUCUAUACCAUGAAAUAGCGACACCCUCCUCGCCCAGAAAGCAAACUGAGGUUCCAGAUUUAUCUACUGAUAUCAGCUCUUUGCUCUCUACAUACUACAAGGAAGGUUAUUGAUCACCCUGCCAAGUACACUGGGAAAGAGCGAAACACACUUCUCAGCAGCCCAAUUCUGGUUACCUUGCCCAGUCAAGGAGUUGGAGAAGGACAUGAUAAUUGGUGGUCUUUCAUGAUUUGGAAGGUCACCAGAAUUACUCAACUGUGCUUACUUUUUCAUGCUACUCCUGAAUGAAUCCAAACUGUUUAUCCAACAACAAUAGCUAGCAAUUUUUGGAGUCAAGGUGAUAUAAUGAGAUUCCACUCUAAUUUAGAUUCCAUUUACCUUGGCCCCUUAUCUUUAGUUACUGUGAUAAACAUGAAAAUAUCCAUUUAUUAGGCACCCACUGGGAUAAAAUCAUGUCUCACUAAUUUGAGUAUCAUGUGCAGCAACAUGUGCAUUUAUAUUUUCACCUGGUUUUAUUGUUACACAGGAAGACAUGCGUUAAAUUUUAGUUGUACUAAUGUGGAUUAACAAUAGCAUUCUGCUAUUAUAGAAAAUAGCAGAAGUAGUCUGGCAUAUUUCUACUGAGUCAUAAGGCAAAUACUCUAGGAGGAAAAUCUUUUUACUGUAAAUCAAGAGCACACCUUGCAUUGUCUACAAAUAUUUUUCACUGAUGUUAUGCUUGUUUUGGCCACACCUCUUGGAAGCAUAUAAAACUCUACACUUCCAGUCAACAUCCUGUGGAACGAGAAAAAGGUAAUUAGUAUUCGUGGAGAAAGCAGGUAGGAAUCAGAGAAGGGUUUCUCAGAAGUUUGUCACUGGGUGUGCCUUAAUGCUAAAGAGGACGUGUGAGAAUGCAAUAAGCGAUUAGCGCUAAUCUAAUCUGUUAUCUGGAGAUGCCAAGGAUGCACAGAAUCCUUCGAGGCCUCACAUCAUGAUCAGGAAUUGCUAAAAUCUUAUCUUAUGUUAAGUAUUGUGUUUUAGUAUUUGGUUUUCGUCUUGCUUUGUGAAAAAAGAAACUUGAAAAUUCAUGGAUGACAAAAACAAUUACAUUUCAUUAUUAAAAAAUAUAAUUUUGAUUACAGAGCUUGAGCAUACUGGUAAAUAACAAUUAGAGAUAAGACAUUAUUUUGGUAAUGUUUAUUUAUGGCAAUUGUGACAUGAACCUUACACUGGAUGGUGGUCUAAUAAAUUUGUUGAGCUCUGUACGUUAUCAUAAAGGACUUUUAAACAAUUUGUAAAUGUAAAGCUAAAAAUACACUGUGUGCUUUAUUUGAAUUAAUACAAAUUUCCUUAUAAAUUAUGAAUCUGAAAGUGAACUUUUGAGAUAACUUAGUUUGUUCUUGAUGCCAGUGCACACGUUUGAGGAUGUGAAGCACAGUGCGUUCCACUCUUUAAAUAGAAUAUGUGUAACACGGAAGCACUAAAUUACAUUUGGCUCGAGGGUUUCCUGGGCUAGUACUCCUGUCAACAGCUUUUACAUAAGAAAAAAGCUAUUUUUGAUCAACCUGUCCAGGGUGUACUCUGCCUCUUGGCCUAUGACAGCUGGGCUAGUCUCUGACCCUGGGUAAUUGGAAGAAAAUGGAUAAAUGGAUAGACAACACACGAGUAUUAUAUGAUUAUUUUAACCCAUACAAAGGCCCGGGUUAAGCAAUACUGUGCUGUGUAGUGACAGUCAAAUUCCUGUCUGAACAUGUCACAUGUCUCUCAGGCACCGUUGGGUUUUUUCUUUUUUCAAGCAUUUUGAAAUGUCAAAAAUGCAUUUAGGGGAAAUAAAAAGAAAAAAACAAAACAAACCCAGGAAACAUUAGGAUCAACUUUGAUCUACUCAGUAUUGUUCCCACUGUUAAGCACUGUUCAAAAAAAAUAAUAAAAUAAAAUUUAAU